UAGCACUCCUCCCUUAGUCAGUAGCUUCCAGGUACAGGCCCAGGCUACGGCUGGAGAAGAGAGAGGUUUGUUUUGAGGGCAGCAGCCUGCGGGAGGAGAGGAGGAAAGCAGGCUUUUAAGAGGUGUGUGUGUGUCUGCAAGGAGGGAAAUUGGCCAGUCUUGAUUCUCGCUUUACACCCUGUAGUUGAGAAUUUCAGCCCUUGAGUUAUUUGUAGAAAUGUCGCUGUCACCUGGCGGGGAUGCCGCUUUGGUGCUUUUAGAGUUGCAGGAGAGUGGGGGAGGAGCGGGCCAGGGUGGUAGCCUUCUGGCUAACGGCUGGGUCUCUCUGGGAACCGGGACCCCGGAGGGACGGGCUCCUUUUUGUUGUUGUUGUUGCACUGUCCCGGAGUGGCCCGGGGUCAGCUCACGGAUUCUGUAAUCACGGACUGCUGCCGCCCUCGGAGCUUCCCGCCUCGGCUUUGGGAGCGGCCCGUCAGAGCGGAGCGGGGCCUCGGGGUCAGGUGGUCCGCCCUCUCAUUUCACCGAGGACCCUCAGACUUAGGAAGCAGUGACUUGUCCAGGGCCCGGGCUUUGAUGACAGAGCCAGGACCAGGAGCCUUAGCCGCAGCAACGAGAAGCGCGGCCCGCCAAUGGCUUCUUCUCAGGGGAAAACAGGCUUUGAUCAUGCCGAAGUACAGGUUAUUAGGAAAAAAGGGAAACUUAAAGUGCAAUAGUCACACUUGUAGGGCGGGAAGCGGUGGUUUGGGGGCUGUUUAUUUUCUCAUUUAAAGUCAGGUGCCCGUUAGGGGCGAGACUAACGGGAAGGCCAGGCCCGGGGGCUGCUUGCCGCGGGCUAGAGGAGUUCCUCACGAGGCCGGCUCCCUCCCGUCGCGGGGCCCUCGCCGCGUCCGGCGGCCCCGCGGCCCCUGGGGGCAGCUUUCCCUUUGCUUCUCCCCGCUUCACACACUCUCACGGGCGCCUGACGGGAGACCCGCCAAAGGGGCCCCAAGCGCGAGAAGCUAAGGGCGACCCCGGCCCUUGCCCCUCACUGGCCCCCGCGCUCGCAGCACGGGAAGGACGGCCGGAAGCUCUCGGGGAGCCUCGGGAAGUCGGUCGGCGCCACGCGGAGGAGACACGGCCGGGGAUAGUCCCAGGCCUCUCGGGGGUCCCGGCCGGGCAGAGACAGCCCCUUCCCUUGUGUGUAUGUGUGUGCCCCGCGUGCGCACCCGAAGCCCUUCUAAAAAGGCCAAAUAAAAAAAUCAAAACAAAUGGCUCGGACUCUGUGGGACUCUCGGGGCAAAGGUCGCGGCGAGGCUUAGUUGCGGAAGGGGCCCAGAGCAGACGGGGACGGGCUUUGAAUCACGUGGGUUGUGGGGAACAGUCCAUUGGCGGCUUGGUAGGGCGAAGGGGCGGUCUUGAAAUGAAGCUGGCCAAUGAUUGCCGACUUCGGAAGGCGCCGCUCGGGACGCCGGUCCGCAAUGGGCCGCUCAUUGGCUGCGGUGCCGCCUUGGGCUUGUGCGCGCGAGUCGGGCGCCUGUCAGGACCCUGCGUGCGCGCGCCUCGGCCCGUCUGUGCGCCGGUCAUGGAAUCUCCCAGAGGGAAGGCAGAUUCCCUGCUGCUGCUGGCGCCCAUCACCGCCCUGGAGUGUGUGGGGGACCGAGUGGUGGCAGGUGAAGGGCCCAACCUGCUAAUCUAUUGUUUGAAAACUGGUGGGCAGCUUAUAGUGACCCAAUUUGUGCCAAGUGUCCUCCAUCAUUAUUACAUCCAUGGUAUCAGGGAACUUCAGAGCCCAGCAUCUGCGCAGGCGUCAGAGACGACCUUGGCUGUCUUUGGAAGCAAAGGCCUCCGUGUGCUGACAUUGAGCUGGGGAGAGGAGGCAGUGAAGCUGACAUGGCUGUCCCAGCUUUGUGAGCUUCAUGACUGGAUCUGGGAUCUUCAUUGGAUCCAGGUUCCUGGAAAAGCCUCUCCUGCCCUGGUCCUGGCCCUGGGACACAACUCAGUGGUCCUUUAUGACCACCUCCAUCAGCAGGCCUUGCAGGAGGUACACUGUGAUGAGGUGUGUAUGAUCUAUUCUGCUUGCUUGGUAGGGAAGGACUGGCAAGAGCUAGUGCUAGUCGCUGGUACUGUCUUUAAUCAGCUGGUGAUUUGGCACCCAGCUGAUAGCACCAGUGAGAAAAGAAGAGUCGGAGUAGAAAGAAGAAUAAGUGGUCACGCCGGGGUCAUCUUCAGCAUCUGCUACCUAGAGAACAAAGGCCUUCUAGCCUCAGCCUCUGAUGACCGGAGUGUCCGAGUCUGGAAUGUAGGGGACCUGAGGAACCCUCACAGCUUAGUCCAGUGUGUCCUGGUAUGUUAUGGUCACCAGUCCAGGGUGUGGUCUGUCAAGCUCCUGGACAACUCUAUCAUUAGUAUCGGAGAGGAUUCAGCUUGCAUUGUAUGGAACUACGUGGGUGAAAUCAUUCAGAACUUUAAAGGACACAAAGGUCGGAGCAUCAGGGCUGUGGCCAUCCACAAGACACAGGCCUGGGUGGUCACAGGCGGAGCUGAUUCGGGCAUUCGGCUUUGGCCCCUUAAAGGGAAGAGGCUUCUGGACAACAGUCUCUUACCGCUGGACUUUAGCGCGUUCACAAAGAAGGGGUCUCCAAAAGCCGUGACUUUAGUCAGUCCUUCCUGGCUUCUUGUGAUGACUGAUCUUGGAGCCGUUUAUCUUUAUGACUUGACAGUUAAACAAUGGAAGUUCAUUUUGGACGAUGUCAAUUAUCAGUCCUACAGUUUGCUGACAGCCGUUGAGCUCCCUGGUGGCGGUGUGGUGUGUGCCCUGGGAAACCUGGAGGGUCACGUUAAAAUAUUCUCCCUCGGCUACCCUCAAGAGGCGAGGGACCUGAAGCUGUAUAAGGGGAAAGUUCAUAGUUUGAGCUGGGUCCCACGCCAGCCCCAGGAUGCAGGAAGGAAUGCUCUGUGCUGCGCCCUGUUUGCUUCUGGCCCAGAGGGUGUCGUCUUGUGGCUGGACGUUUCGCUGGGUCCUUCGGGGAGACUGGACAAGGUGGAGGAGCGACGGCGCUACGUCCUGCCCCUCUGCAAGCACAGGUGGCAUACCUGCCUCACCUUCUUACCCCAGGGGGACUUGCUUGUGUGUGGUGACCGCCGGGGCUCUUUGCUCUUGUUUCCUUGUGGAGCGGCCACCACUGAGCCAAGUGGGGAAGAGCGAGGAGGCCGGGAGAGCGGCAGUGAUACCGACAGCGAGGAGGAUCGGAGGGUAUCUGGGGAAGGCGCCCCGAUCGACCUUCUGUUUGGGAUUCACGGGAAGCAGGGAGUCACCUCGGUGACCUUCCACAGGGGUUACAUCUACAGCACGGGCAGAGACGGCUCCUUCCAGCAGUUGUGUGUGCAGGGCCGACGGCUGCGGCCGCUGUGGAAACGCAAACCUUGCAAAGGCCUGGACUGGCUGGCCGGGCUCAGCUUCACUCCUGAUGGCAACCUCCUGGUCCUUGGGUUCCAUUCCACUGACUUUGUGGUCUGGAGCCCAAGCACUCACGAGAAGCUGCACGUGGUACCCUGUGGCGGAGGCCACCGCUCCUGGGGCUAUGCCCACUCUCCGGCCACCAUGGUCUUCGCCUACAUCAAGGCUGGGGACGUCCUGGUGUAUGAGGUCCACGAGGAGCGCAGCUGCUGCCCAGCGGUCCUGAAGGAGUCCCUGCAUGGCCGGGAGCUCACCUGUGUCAGGCACGUUGGGGCCGUGCGGACGCAGAAAGGGGGCCACACGAUCGACAUCCUGGCCACAAGUAGUGAAGACACAACCGUGAACAUCUUGGCUUUUGGAGCUGCUUCCUCUGGCGCCUUUUUGCUUGCCACCAUCAAUAACCACAUCUCCAGCGUGCGGACCCUGGCGCUGGGUGGGCCGCAUCCUGAUGGGGGAGAGCCUCAGGCAAGACUCCAAACCCUCCUUUUCUCUGCUGGUAGUAGGGCUGAGAUGCAGUGCUACCAACUGCUGGUCACGCCAGACCCCAGCACCCAGGCAGGGCUCGCCUGCCAGCUUACCCAUCUGGUCUCUCACCGCUUAGAUGAGCACUGGGACCGCCAGAAGAACAAGCACAAAGUUAUCAAGAUGGACCCUGAAACCAGGUACAUGUCCAUCGUGGUGGUGACCAGUCCAUGGCAGAGUCCUGGCCUUGUCCUGGCUGCAGCCUGCAGUGAUGGGUCUGUCAGACUCUUUCUGGUGGAUGAAUUAGCUCGGAAAGCACAGCUUUUUGCAGAGUCCUUUUACCAUCAGCGCUGUGUCCUGAAGAUCCAGACAUUGACAUACGAGGCAGGAGCUGGAACAAGAGGCGUGGUCCUGUGUAGCGCUGCCACGGAUGGGAGCAUUGCUUUCUGGGACAUCACUGCCAUCUUAGACCGUGCACCUCAGGUCCUAGAGUCGCCAGGGAGAAUGCAGCCCCCUUGUGAUCUGGGACGCCCCUGCCUGACCGUCCAGGCGCACAGCUGUGGAGUGAACAGUCUUCACAUCAGGGAGACGCGCGCAGGGCAGUAUCUUGUGGCCAGCGGCAGUGACGACGGCUCCAUCCACGUCUGCCUGGUUGCUGUUAAAAUGCCCCUGAUUCCACAGGGCCCAUCACAAGAGGACGGGAAGUUCAUCCCAGAGUCCCGCGUACAUGUGGUGCAGAAGUUUUCCGUGGUUUCGGCUCACGCUGCCCAUGUGACCGGACUGAGGGUCCUGAGACCGGACCUCCUGGUCUCUGCCUCUGUUGACCAGCGCCUGACAUUCUGGAGCCUGGGUCCUACUGGCCUGACUUUUGUGAGCAGCAGAGUCUGCCAUGUGGCUGAUGUGGCUGAAAUGGACUGCUGGACCAGCGGACCGUGCCAGAGCUAUCGCUGCAUCCUCUCUGGACAGGGCUUGGAGAUCAUCCAGUGGACAGGGUGAACGGUGCCCUGAGAACAGCCAAGAAAUCCAGUCUAGGGCCAAGCUUCAUGAAGAAAGCUUUGGCCCUGGUGAUCCCAGCCCUGGUUCUGUCCCUAUCCUGGGUAACAAAUCAAACACUUGAUCCCAUUCAGUGAAGGAAUAAAGAAGCUAUAAGUGACCCAGGCACCUGAGAAACCUUAUUU